GUCCUAACAAACAACACUGUCCCCUCCUAGUACUGAUCACUUUAUCUCUUCAUCAGCUAUCACAGAGCUUCCUUCCUUGUCACCUCCCAUGGCCUUCUCUGCAACUUUCUCGCAUAAUCCAUUUCCCCACCUGUCUCCUCUCCCACAACCCGCAAGGAAAAGCCUCAACUUUCUCCUUCACCUGCCGUCGGUUAGAACCAUCAAAGCAGCUGCAGAACCAGAGAAGGGGAAAGUCGCGCAGGCCAAGCCUGAAGGGGGCUCCACCAAUGCUCAGCCUGCCACUAUAAAACCACCCAAGAAGCCCGUCUACUCGAUGAAAAAAGGACAGAUUGUGAGAGUCGAUAAGGAGAAGUAUCUCAAUAGCAUUAACUAUUUAUCUGUAGGACAUCCGCCGUAUUACAAAGGUCUGGACUACAUUUACGAGGAUCGUGGCGAGGUCUUGGAUUUGAGGAUCUUCGAGACAGGUGAAUAUGCACUGGUUGCCUGGGUAGGGAUUCCGACUGCACCAGCUUGGCUUCCAACUGAUAUGCUCAUCAAGUCAGAGAAACUCAACUACGAGAGACUGUGAUCCCCAAUGCAGACAGCCGACAUUUUUACAAGUUCAUGGGCUCUUAUGUAUCUCGAGAAAUACCUCGCGUUUCAGUGUAUAUCCAUUUCACAGUUCUAUCAAUUUACCAGCAUUGUGUCCUGAGUGAAAUAUGAUCCUGAGGCAGCACAAUGAUCGAAAUUCAA